AUGGAGAAAAGGUAUGAAGAGUUGUUGCAGUACCCAGGGUCAGAGGUCAUGCCUUUGGCAGGGUACGGGGAUGCGAUGAGGUCACUACCUCCACAUCAUUACGGGCAUGCAGUACCUGACUCGCUCAAACACUACCGCGAUCAGAUCUAUGGACAUCCAUUGUUUCCACUCCUGGCCUUGGUGUUUGAGAAGUGCGAACUGGCCACAUGCUCACCACGCGAUUCCAGCUCCCUGUCGAACCCCUCCCAUCACCCUGGCAUGAGCGGUCACAGUGACGUUUGCUCCUCCGAGUCGUUCAACGAGGACAUCGCAGCCUUCGCGAGACAGAUCCGGUCGGAGAAGCCUAUUUUUUCAUCAAAUCCAGAACUGGACAAUUUGAUGAUCCAGGCCAUCCAAGUAUUACGCUUUCACCUGCUAGAGCUCGAAAAGGUCCAUGAUCUUUGUGAUAACUUCUGUAAUCGCUACAUCACAUGCCUAAAGGGCAAAAUGCCAACCGAUUUGGUCCUAGAGGACCGAGAUUCUGGGUCUAAAUCAGACAUGGAGGAUUUCACCGGUUCUUGCACAAGUCUGUCAGAUCAAAAUCAGUCUUGGUUGCGAGACACAGAUGACUGUGUGUCUACUCCUUCGGGCACCCCUAGCGCUUCCUGUGGACUCGGCGCACACAGCGUGGACGCAUGCAGCGACGCUGGAGAUGGACUAGACGGAGCCGUAGCAUCUCCUAGCACAGGAGAGGAGGACGACUCGGACAGAGACAGAAGAAACAACAAGAAACGAGGGAUCUUCCCCAAAGUGGCAACCAACAUCAUGAGAGCCUGGCUCUUCCAGCACCUAUCACAUCCGUAUCCAUCUGAGGAACAGAAAAAGCAGCUCUCGCUAGACACAGGGCUUACCAUCCUUCAGGUCAACAACUGGUUCAUAAAUGCCCGGCGCAGAAUAGUGCAACCGAUGAUCGACCAAUCGAAUCGCUCAGGUGCCCCAUACAGCCCAGAUGCAGGAGCAAUAGGAGGUUAUGGAUUAGACAGUCAGCCUCACUUGGGCCUCAGGACAGCAGGUCUUCAGGGAAUGCCGCCUCUGGCAACAGACUAUACUGGGGCUCUGUUGCCUCAGCCGGGUUACACUCAUGUGGCUCCGUCCCUUCACCCUUACCCCGGUCCCCAUCCAGCCAUGCUUCUACACCCGCCACCUCAUCCGCACUCCGCCGAACCUCUUAUCGGACAAGGUCUCGACAUCCACGCCCAUUAAUAGCGGAGAACCCGGAAAGGCCCGGGCGAAGUAGCAGAAGGAAGCCGGGCGUACACACUUAGCGCACUCAUUCACCUCUGUAACAUGGCAGGGUGAUUCAGAUGCUCACGCGGAACUUUCAAAGGCACCUUGUCAUGUUAUGACACCAACCCUUUAUAAUCACCGUGUCUUAAACCUGAUCACACAAAGCUUUCUAUGUAUCUGUUUUUACAUCACGAAUUACAUUUGGACUUGGCACGCCUGAAAGACAAUGUCGCACCCGUUAGCCAUGAACUCACAUUGCUUUUUUUUGUCAUGCACUGAACCUUUAUUCAAUAUUGCACGCUUACACGUUAGACCUGUCUUCCUAACUGAACCGAUUCCGGGGCUUUUAGAACCUUUCCGCCUUUCCCAGAAACCCCCUCAUCAGGAAGAUUAACGGGAGCACACCGGAUACCCGCAGUGUGGUGCCUUCGGUAUCGUACCAAAUAGUUCUGUAACUGUCUUCUCGAAUCGAGCGCUGAGCCUCGCCUCGCCACAAAUCCAAAGACUUUUCGCCGAAGCCGAACUGUGAAUGCUGACCGGUUUCUAUACACUAUGGACCAAUCCUAGUCUUCCCACAAUGAGGGCAGUUUGACCCCUUGUCGUUAAUGUUACUCGUCAUCAGUGCAUCGUAUUUAAUUUAAAAUGUUUAUGUUGAAUCUAUUUUUGUAUUUAUAUCUGUUGAAGACUCAGUAUCAUUAAACCUUGAGUUGAUGUUAAUCUUCAGUUA